UGUUGAGUUUGUCUUUUGUUUGUUGAGUUUGUCCUUUGUUGAGUUUGUGCUUUGUUUGUUGAGUUUGUCCUUUGUUGAAUUUUCUAUUUUGACUCUAAUGACCGCCCAUAACUGACCUUCUAAAAUUAAAUCUCCUCUUGACCACUAAUCGUAUUAUCAGUAACACACCGGUGAACUGCAGGUCAUAUUUAUUACCAGCUUUUUCCAUAAACAUCGUAUGGUUGCAGAAGCGUAAUUUUGAAUCAGGCGUUUAUACCUCCAGGUUUGUACCAAGGAUCGAUUUAAAUUGUGUAGAAAAGCAACGUAGAAAACUCCUCGCCAUGUCGCAAAAAAACGGUGUUUGUGAACGUUAUGAUGAUAUCGUUGAGAAAUGGGGUGGUAAAGACGCUGCAGGGGUCAUAGAGAUGUAUGAUGAGUGGGCAGAAACUUAUGAAAGGGACGCUUUGGCAUCUGAAGUAAAGCAUACCGGAAGGGAAUUAUUGGUAGAAGCACUUCAGAAGAUAGUCACUGAUAAAUCCGUGCGAAUUCUAGAUUUUGCUGCAGGUACUGGAGUAGUAGGGGAACUUGCAAUGCAGGCUGGGUUCACAAACAUUGAUGCUUUGGAUGGUAGUGAGAAGUGCUUAGAAAUAGCAAGAGGCAAAAACGUUUAUAAGAAUUUGAUAACGGAACUGGUAGGAGAUGAUCAGUUGAAAAUCAAUGAAGAUACUUAUGAUGUGGUGACGUGCUGCGGUGGGUUUACACUCAACCAUCUGACUCCAACUGUCAUACCCGAGUGGAUACGGAUUACAAAACCUGGAGGCUACAUCUUCAAUUCCUUCAGGCACCGUUGGCUUAACGUGGACCCGACCCUCAAAGACGGAAAACUUGAAAAAACUAUAAGGAGAUUGGAAGAUGAGGGGAAAUGGAAAUUAAUUGAAACGACAUUGAGGAAGGGUCAAGCCAACAACACGGACUCGAUUCUUUUUGUUCAUCAGAAAUGCUGAAAAGAUUUAUCUAAAAUGAUUUUACGUAACAAUAUUACGAUUUUCUAAAUAAGAAGGCAAAUGUAAUAUUCUUAACUUAUGCUUUAAUGAUUGCAUUCGGAGAACAGCGUAUACUAAAUCGAAUAUAUAUUUUGUUAUUAAAGGGGGACAAUAAUAUAAUGUUUAAUAUGUAUUAUUGUUUGAAUUAUCAUCUGUAUGAAUUACAAAUCCGGCAUGUAAAAUAAUAUGUAUCAUUCACUAUCAUAACACAUUUAAUGUUUUUUAUGUUCAAAGCUCUUUGUAGAUCGGCCCUACUAACGGUAAGCUAUAGAGCGACAGUUUUUGUUUUUGUUUUUGUUUUUUUUUGCUGUAUUAGGCAAAUGUUCACGGUAUAUGUAGACAGGGAGCAAUUAUACAUAGUACAACAAUUUUCUUAUGGCACACUAUUUACCAACGGUCCGUAUACUUUAUGGACAUCAACCAAUGGUAUGUAGACCAUGGUACACUUGCUUAUCGCACAUUUACCACUGGUACAUCUACUCAUGACAUAUUUACAAAUGGUAAAAUUACAUAGCAUUUUAAGUCCACAUAUUUUGUCUGUGACCGUACAGAAAAUUAUUAAUAGCUUAAAAUGAGUCGUAGAUCUUCUCUAGAUACACCACACUAAGGAAUAUAGGCCUAAUAACUUAUUCGCUCAUCUCAGGUAUUACUUUCAAUUUUGUUUAGCAUACUUUUACAAUGAAAUAAAUUUAUUCGAGAAAAGAAA